GAUUUGUUGUCUAGUUUCUCAAACAUACAUCAUGAAACAAACUCCAUUUGAAUGCCUGCGCUGCACCGAUUUCGCCGUGCCUCGACUCAUCAGCCCCUUAAUGCAACUCGGAAAGUCAAGCUCUCUCUGCCCUUCAGGUAAGAUAAGAAAGGGGUCAUGCAGCCAUAUGCGCCUGCUGUAUACAUUCCUCUGUGUAUAUGAAAAAUGGAAAUGAUAGGAACCAAGUCGCCGUAACGUUCGCCACGUAUGUCCCACUGUGAACCAGAAAAUUGUCUAAGCCUCCAGCCGACUAAGGGUAUCUCAGCCUUGCCCCAUCUCCU